AUGCCUUCUCGACUUUCUAUCUGCACGGCAAAUAAUGAAAACCACACGGCUCAAGUCUCGCCCGAUAAAGUGCUUUCAGGUCUGACUCCACCGGUGACUCCAACUGCCGGAAAUGGCAAACCGGGUGGCAAGAACGACUCGUCCACUCUGCUAUCGCCGGUCGAUACAAAAUCGCAAGUAGUCGAUGUAGACAUUCGCUCCGUCUCAGAGCCCCUCAAGUAUGCCGACGACCUGGAGUAUCAUUAUGACCCCAAGGGUCGUCCGGUCGAAUUCGGCAGCGGGGUUUGGAGUAUCGUCUACGAGGCGUCAUCUCGACCGCGUCCAAGCUCUUCUCUCAUCACUCCGCCUAGCUCGCCAAGGGCAGGGGGUCACUUGGUGGCUGUCAAGUCACCUGCUCGUCGAGAUGCCCAUCAGGUCCUCGAUGCCGAGGCUCUCACUUUGACUCGACUCAGUAUGAUGCCCGGAUCCGAGGCUCACGUCGUCCCCUUUCUCGGGUAUAUCGCCAAAUCCCAUUCCAUCGUCAUGUCCGCCGUGCCUCUCUCGUUCUCGUCUUAUAUAGAGGAAAAGGCAGCAGCGGCCAAAAAGAAUCUUUCCACCAAAACCAUGUUUGAGCCCAUCCAGGGCUUGACCCAGUGGCAUGACCUAGCUGAACGACUUAUAGCCGGUCUUCACUGGCUGCACACGGAGCCCCAGAUCAUCCACGGCGACAUCAAACCGCAUAACAUCCUGCUCCAACCGCAGUCCGACGACUUAGAUUCCACAUCCGACAAAUUCCCAUUCGAUCCGCUCUUCGCGGACUUUUCCUCGGCCCACAACAUCGCCGGCCCAUCCUUGUCUGCCGAAAAACAUACCGGCACAUCUCUGACCGCAUUAACGCCGCCGUUUGCGGCCCCCGAGCUGUUAUCUGUGUCAUCUCUGGCCUCCCCGGACUCGGCCCCCACCGCAGCAUCAGACGUGUUCUCCCUCGCCGUCACUCUUCUCGCCGCCGCAACGGGCAACCUGCUACUAUAUCCGGGUACCAGCAACAUGCAGCGCCUUGCCAUGGCCCGCGAAGGCCACCAAGUCAUCGAAUUUGCGCGAUCCGGUCCCAACGGCGCCCGAAUCCCUCGCAAGGGCAUCGUCGAACAGAUCAUCAAACCGGCCAUUACCAAAGAUCCGGCCCAGCGAAUCAGCCCCGGUGAAUGGUUGAAACUAGUGCAGUCUUUGCAUUGA